AUGAGCAAAGGUCUCGCCGUCCUGCUACUCCUCGUCUCGCUUGCUCUGAGCUCCGGCGUCGGCUUCUGCGACGCGAGGAGCGGCAAGCACUGGAGGCAGAACAGAGGACCCUCCUCCAGCUCCAUGUUCAGAAGGAAAGGAAAAGGGAAGAACGGCGGCGGUUCCCCUUCCCACAGCCACAGGCAGUACGGCAAAGGGCGUCAGAGUCCUGCAAUGCCGGCGCCGCCAAGUCCAGGCGGUGGUCAUGGCUAUGCGUCGCCGUCUCCACCACCGCCAUCGCUGCCACCACAAGCACCCUCUGUGCCACGGUCGCCGCCACCACCUCUGCCCCCGUCGUUGCCGCCACAAGCACCGCCAUCGGACGAGCCGUCGCAGGGCACGGUGUUCAACGUGGUUGCUUUCGGAGCGCGGGGUGACGGAGUUACGGAUGAUACUCAGGCUUUUGAAGCAGCAUGGGCAGCAGCGUGCAAGGUGGAGGCAUCGACGGUUCUUGUACCACCUGAACUCGAGUUCGUUGUUGGCCCAAUCUCAUUUUCGGGGCCUAACUGCAAACCUAACAUUCUGUUCCAGCUGGAUGGAACCAUUUCGGCUAAAACUGGCGCGAGAGCGUGGGGCUCCGGUUUGCUUCAGUGGCUCGAGUUCACAAAACUAAAUGGGAUAUCAAUUCAAGGCAGUGGUGUCAUAAAUGGUCAGGGUAAAGAAUGGUGGACCUAUUCAGAUUCAAAUGAUGAUGAUGAUGAUAUGGACUCAUACACUGAUCAGGAGCUGGAGAAGAUGCCACAGAUUAAACCCACGGCGCUAAGGUUUUACGGCAGUUCCGAUGUCAGAGUAACUGGUAUCAGCAUCAUCAACAGCCCGCAGUGCCAUCUGAAGUUCGAUAGCUGUCAGGGAGUCAUGGUUCAUAACCUCACCAUCUCUUCCCCUGAGAAUAGCCCCAACACUGAUGGAAUACACCUGCAAAACUCCAAGGAUGUCAACAUUCACCACACUGACCUGGCCUGCGGUGAUGACUGCAUCUCCAUCCAGACAGGCUGCAGCGACGUAAACAUACAUAAUGUGAACUGCGGACCAGGCCAUGGGAUCAGCAUUGGUGGCCUAGGGAGGUACAACACCAAGGCAUGUGUCUCCAACAUCACUGUAAGAGAUGUCAACAUGUUCAAAACAAUGACCGGUGUCAGGAUCAAGACUUGGCAGGGUGGCUCAGGGCUGGUCCAGGGCAUAAGGUUCUCCAACAUACACAUGUCAGAGGUUCAGACGCCCAUCAUGAUCGACCAGUUCUACUGCGACAAAACAUCGUGCAUGAACCAGACCUCGGCGGUGGCGGUCUCGGGCGUGCAGUACGAGAACAUCCGGGGGACUUUCACGAUCAAGCCCGCCCAUUUCGCGUGCAGCGACAGCUCGCCGUGUUCGGAGAUCACCCUGACCGGGAUACAACUGAGACCCCUGGUAGUGCCUCAGUACCACACAUGCAGCAGCCCCUUCUGCUGGCAGGCCUUCGGGGAGCUGUACACUCCCACCAUCCCUCCUAUUUCAUGCUUGCAGCUCGGCAAGCCGGCCGGGAACCGCGUGCUGUCGGACCACGAUCAGUGCUGA